UCCCGGGCUUGUCCCGAGCAGAGGCUGCGGCUGCAGCGGCGCUCAGGUCCCCGGUGCGCCUUUGGACGCGGGUCUCUUCGGCGCCUCUCGCGCGCCCUCCUCCCCUCUCCCCGGUCCGGGGCGCCGCCCGCGUGGAUGGGAUGGAAGCGGGUCCCUCGGGAGCAGCAGUUGCUGCAGGCACUUACCUGCCACCCCUCCAGCAGGUAUUUCAAGCUCCUCGUCGGCCUGGGAUAGGAACUGUUGGGAAGCCCAUCAAGCUCUUGGCCAAUUACUUUGAGGUGGACAUUCCCAAAAUCGAUGUCUAUCACUAUGAAGUUGACAUCAAGCCGGACAAGUGUCCACGCAGAGUCAACAGGGAGGUUGUGGAAUAUAUGGUACAACACUUCAAACCUCAGAUCUUUGGAGACCGGAAACCGGUAUAUGAUGGAAAGAAGAACAUUUACACCGUCACAGCCCUGCCUAUUGGAAACGAAAGGGUUGAUUUUGAGGUGACAAUUCCAGGGGAAGGCAAAGACCGAAUAUUUAAGGUCUCCAUUAAAUGGAUGGCCAUUGUGAGUUGGCGGAUGCUCCAUGAAGCUCUGGUGAGCGGGCAAAUCCCUGUUCCUUUGGAAUCCGUCCAGGCCCUUGAUGUCGCCAUGAGGCACCUGGCUUCCAUGAGGUACACUCCAGUGGGGCGUUCCUUCUUCUCUCCCCCUGAAGGAUACUACCACCCGCUGGGAGGAGGUCGGGAAGUCUGGUUUGGCUUCCAUCAAUCUGUCAGGCCUGCCAUGUGGAAGAUGAUGCUUAACAUAGAUGUGUCUGCCACGGCGUUCUACAAGGCCCAACCGGUGAUUGAAUUCAUGUGUGAAGUGCUGGACAUCCGGAACAUUGAUGAGCAGCCAAAACCCCUGACCGACUCUCAGAGGGUUCGGUUCACAAAGGAAAUCAAAGGUUUGAAAGUGGAAGUUACUCACUGUGGACAAAUGAAGAGGAAAUACCGCGUCUGUAAUGUCACUCGGCGUCCAGCUAGUCACCAAACGUUUCCCUUGCAGCUGGAGAGCGGACAAACUGUGGAAUGCACCGUUGCGCAAUACUUCAAGCAAAAAUACAACCUGCAGUUGAAGUACCCCCACCUGCCCUGUCUUCAAGUCGGCCAAGAGCAAAAACACACCUAUCUGCCUCUGGAGGUGUGUAACAUUGUGGCUGGCCAGCGGUGCAUCAAAAAACUGACAGACAAUCAGACAUCUACCAUGAUCAAAGCUACGGCGCGGUCUGCUCCUGACAGGCAGGAAGAAAUUAGUCGGUUGAUGAAAAACGCCAGUUACAACCUGGACCCAUACAUACAAGAGUUUGGCAUAAAAGUGAAAGAUGACAUGACCGAAGUGACUGGACGGGUCUUGCCAGCCCCAAUUUUACAAUAUGGAGGCCGGAAUCGUGCCAUCGCCACGCCCAAUCAGGGGGUCUGGGAUAUGCGAGGGAAGCAGUUCUACAAUGGGAUCGAGAUCAAAGUGUGGGCCAUCGCGUGCUUUGCCCCUCAGAAGCAGUGCAGAGAAGAAGUGCUAAAGAACUUUACGGACCAGCUGCGCAAAAUUUCCAAGGACGCAGGGAUGCCAAUCCAGGGCCAGCCUUGCUUCUGUAAAUACGCCCAAGGUGCUGACAGUGUGGAGCCCAUGUUCCGACACCUUAAAAACACAUAUUCAGGACUCCAGCUCAUCAUCGUCAUCUUGCCGGGAAAAACACCGGUGUAUGCGGAGGUGAAGCGUGUAGGGGACACCCUUCUGGGCAUGGCCACUCAGUGUGUGCAGGUCAAAAAUGUAGUGAAGACUUCCCCCCAGACUCUUUCCAACCUCUGUCUCAAGAUCAAUGUGAAACUUGGAGGAAUUAACAACAUCUUGGUGCCCCAUCAGCGAUCUGCCGUUUUUCAGCAGCCGGUUAUAUUCUUAGGAGCUGAUGUGACUCAUCCUCCAGCUGGCGAUGGAAAGAAGCCCUCCAUAACCGCUGUGGUGGGCAGCAUGGAUGCCCACCCAAGCCGCUACUGUGCCACGGUUCGGGUACAGCGGCCACGCCAGGAAAUCAUUGAAGACCUUUCCUACAUGGUCCGAGAACUCCUCAUCCAGUUCUACAAGUCCACGCGCUUCAAACCGACACGCAUUAUCUUCUACCGGGAUGGUGUGCCUGAGGGACAGCUGCCACAGAUCCUCCACUAUGAGCUGCUGGCCAUCCGGGAUGCCUGCAUCAAACUGGAGAAGGAUUACCAGCCGGGCAUCACCUACAUUGUGGUUCAGAAAAGACAUCACACUCGCCUCUUCUGUGCAGACAAGAACGAGAGGAUUGGCAAAAGUGGAAACAUACCAGCAGGAACUACUGUCGAUACGAACAUUACUCAUCCUUUUGAGUUUGACUUCUACCUGUGCAGUCAUGCUGGCAUCCAGGGUACCAGCAGACCCUCCCAUUACUACGUGCUUUGGGACGAUAACCGGUUUACAGCAGAUGAGCUUCAAAUCCUCACCUACCAGCUUUGCCACACCUACGUCCGUUGCACCCGCUCUGUUUCUAUCCCAGCACCAGCAUACUAUGCCCGAUUGGUGGCCUUCCGGGCACGAUAUCACCUUGUAGACAAAGAACAUGACAGUGGAGAAGGCAGUCACAUCUCCGGCCAGAGCAACGGCCGAGACCCUCAAGCUCUCGCCAAGGCUGUGCAAGUUCAUCAGGACACUUUACGUACCAUGUACUUUGCUUGAAAGCCCAACAUUUUUACCUCACUCCAGAAAGCUUUCCGAUUUGUAGGAGCCAUACAAAAAAGAGAGAGAAAGAAAAGAAAGGAAGGAAGAAAAAGAAAGAAAGAAAGGAAAAAGAAAAAGAAAGAAAGAAAGAAAGAAAGGAAGGAAGGAAGGAAGAGAAAGAGAAAAAAGAAAAAAAGAAGCAUUGGAGCACCGUGCGGUUGUCCAAUGGAGAGAUCACUGCAGGCCGCGGACAAAACAUUUCUAGGAAACAACCCUUGUUUUCCAGCCUCAACGCAGGAGACCUGCGUAACUGGAUGGACACACCUUUGUAGUAUUAAAACAAGAGAGACUUUCUGUUUUUCAGGCUUUCCAGUUACCUGACCAAACAAAUGCAAAAAUAUUGAAGCCGAGGGAGGGAAAUCUGUCUUUCAGUUUAAAAAAACGAAACGGAACAGGUUUUCAUGACUGGGAUGGUGGGCAGGAGAGACAGGAGACACAAUAUUAGACUUCUGACUGUGAAAUAAGAAGAGUUCCAGUCCUUUUAAUGCCCCAAUCAAAAAUGCUGUUUCUUUAUUGGUUCAGGGCGGGGUGGGGGUGGGUGGGACUUGUAGAGCCUUAAAACAGAUGACUAGAUUUAUAAAAACUAAUAUUUUAGGAUACAAGAUGCUUUAAUUGGCAAAGAAGAAAAGAAGCCAGUAGUUUAUAGAUGAAUUUUAACACAGUUACCCCUUCUCUACAGAAGAAAGAAAGAAAAAAUAUGGUUUCCCCCCUCCUCCCCUUUCUAUAUAAUAAUGGUGUAAGGUACCCGCAGCACUUACCACAAAAGGAAACUUGUCUUCCGUCUGUUUAAAAAGUGAGUUGGGCUGCUGCCCUUUUAAUGCAGCAGAAACACACCGUGGGCGAGUGCCUUACUUCAGUGCUACAAGACGAUGACAUUUUUUUUCACCUUUCAAAAAAAAGAAAAAAGAAAAAGAAAAGAAAAAAGGAAACCAACAAUGCUCUUGACUUGACUUGGUCGUGGUCCGGAUCUCUAGCUUGAAAGUGUCUGGGUUUUUUUGGGUUUUGUUGAUGUUCGCCAAGCAUACCAUUUCAUGUUAGCUCACAGCCUCGUGGUGGAUUACAAUUCUGUGCACUUUUAUCCUGACAUAGAAAUUUGGAGAGCUGCUGAUGAUUUUAAAAAAAAAAACCCUGCUUUUUUUAAAAAAAAAAUGAUGAAUUGCAAUUGGUUGAAUUGCUUCUGAUGUAUUUCUUGUGUGGUGAUUUUUUUUUGUUUUUCCUUUUUAAUUUAAAGAACGCUGCAUUUCUGAUGAACAGGGUGUGUUAGAAGGAAGAGUGUUUUUGUCUGCCUGCAAGCACAAAAAAAAAAAAAAAAAAACCCUCUGCUCUCAAUUCAUGCCCUGAUUUUUUUAAUAUAUGGAUGAAAUUUUUUAUUAUCAAGUAUUUUUAUACGAUGCCGAGUCUAUUGCCAAAACUUACACUCAAAUUCUCACUGUUUACAUCAUCUCCCCUCCUUUAUCUCUGUCUGACAUUUUGGAAAUAUUCUUACAGCGCACCAAGUAGACUGCUUGAUCACCACAAAAACUCAAAUUGGAAUUAUAUCGAGAAGAUUUCCAGGUGGCUGAGUUUCCCAGGAGCGGCCCAGCCCCUCCAGAAUCCUUGUGCUAUAUAGUGAAGGAAUUAUCAUUUCAUUUACUGCCGUUGUGUAACUCCGAUGUCUUCUCAAGCCUUCUGCUGUUUUUCUAUCUAGCAUGAUAGGGAAGAUGGACCUAAACCAAGCCCGUUUCUCCAGCUUGCUUUGAGAUCAGAACAUUAAAACGCACUUUGCUGUUUGUCUAUAAAAAUGGAUCCUGAUUUUUCUAGGGAUAAAACAAACCAGUCCUUUUUACCCACGGCUGUGAAAUUCCAGUUUUCCUUCCUGCAACAAACACCUUGGAUAGGAAAUAUCUUGGCCUGUGUUGACCACUCGCAGACCGAUUUUGGCUGUUCAGAAGGAAGCCCAUGCCAUAAAUUGUCUCCAGACCAUAUUUUGUCGCUUCAGAGUUGUAUCUUCGAGUGCCAAAGUGAGUUUUCAAUAUCAGCCACAGCAAAAGAUCCCAUCUUACUCCCAUAGAGCUGCACAACUCUCUUGUAGUUUUUGUGGAAACCCCUUCUACUCCCCCCCCCAGGAAAGGCAACGCUUGUGGGGUGAGACUUGUGGACUGUGUGUGCUUCCAACAUCAAGUUCAAUUUUCUUCUCUUUUUUUAGGCCUUAUCUCUUCUCUCCCCCCUCCCCUGCCCUCCCCCGCUUCACCAUCUCCCACAGAGCAGAAUGUUAACCCAUCUGAAAGCUAUGCAAGCCAACAGGCCACUCAGAACAGAACCCAGUUGGGUGCUUUGCAAUUUGACUGUGAGUCUGUGUUCUUGAACCACAAGGCUAACAACUGCUAUGGGAAUGCACCAGCCUGACAGCGUGCGCAGAGAGGAGGUGGAAAUUCCUGACAAGAUGCUGCAUCUCAGAUGGCCUCUGAGCAACUUGUCUGUUGCUCUACUUAACGUGGGUGAAGCUGGUUGAUCUUUCAAACACGAAUAAUGCAGAUUGUGGGUCCAGUGGUCCUUCCUUCCUUCUUCUCAUCCACCCAACUUCUUCGUCUCAUCCAUUCUCCUUUCUCCCUCCCUCCUUCCUUCCUUCCUUCCUUCCUUCCUUCCUUCCUUCCUUCCUUCCUUCCUUCCUCUCUCUCAUCCACCCAACUUCCUCUCAUCCAUUCUCCUCCCUCCCUCCCUCCCUUCCUUCCUUCCUUCCUUCCUUCCUUCCUUCCUCUCAUCCACCCAACUUCCUCUCAUCCAUUCUCCUUCCUCCCUCCUCCCUCCCUCCCUCCCUUCCUUCCUUCCUUCCUUCGAAUCUUUCAAGGUUGGCAUUGUUUUGCUCUGGGCACCUGCUCUCUCUAACAGAAGUAUCAAGACCGAAAGCCAACAUUGCUUAACCAAGUGCCUGCAUGGCGAACUCACCUACCAGCCUUCAUCGAAGUUCCUCGUAGACGAUUUAUCACUUGCCUCACCUCUUCUCAGCUUUUGCGUGAAAAGGCAUUUACAAAACAAAAACCGGAAGGACAUUUUGAGUUUUUCUUGGUAUCUCUUCGCCCCCACCGUCUGCCUCUUUUCUGCUUGGAGUAGAUUCUCACUUCCGACACCAGCACUGCGACUGCGAUUCCAAACUUAUUUUUGAGCAAGGAUAAGCAACUUGGGCAUUUGCAGAACAGGGAACGUGGGGGACAAGAGAAUCCGAAAGAAACUUGGAGCUUUGGCAAAACCACCACAACCACCAACAUUUUAAAACCAACACCAAACCUCCAGGACUUGAAUAGUUACCGGUGGAUCCCGUUUUCAGUCUCAUUUUGUUUUUGCAGUCCAGAGUUAGGUUGCUGCUUUUAACGGAGGAGGGGAAAGUGGCAUGAUUGAGGGGAUGUUAAGUGGCCAGCGCUUUCCUCACCCCGCCCCAUCCCACUUGCUCACCUCUUCCCCACCUGGUGCAUGCAAAGUUUUCACGAAGUGCCGUAAAUAAUGUAAUUGCUGCAACCUCUUUGAAACCCAUGUUUUCUAAGUUUGGGGUGAUUCUCCCAUCCCCACCCCCACCCCUUUUUGUCCCCCUCUCUCUUUCAUUUUUGAUGUUUUAAGAACUGGGCUAACCAACCCCCCCCCCCUUGCAUGUGUUACGUUAACAAAAGCUACCUGUUGCAUUCCUGCUUUGCUUUGGGCAAAACAUGUCUUCUGUCUUUUGGAGGGUCAGAGAGUGCACCCCAAAGAGGAAACAUUCUCUGCUUCAGCUUCUUCCUCCGUCACUAAGUGUGGCUGUUGCUGCUGUUGCUGUUGAGCACUGCACGGGUGUUUUUGUGAGAUCCGCAAAACAAUAAUAGUAAUAAUAAUAAUAAACCCCUGUUUCAGGAUGUUUCGCCUUGCACCUUAACCCGUAUUUUUUGUGAUACGCUUCCACUUCCCCCCCACCCCUUCUGUGGCUGGAAACGUUGCUGACUUCCCACAGGCUGUGUGGCUGGACGGGACGGGGAGGGUGGGAGUGUGAAUGCAGCAUACAAAUGUAGCCGUUGGCUGUUGGUUUUUAUUAUGAUGAUUUUUAAAUUUGCCUGCACUGCUGCUUGUUCCGAUGGGCUGCUCUUUGUCUGAACGAAGGGGAAGGGAGUGGGCAGAUGAGGCUUCAGAAAGCAAGGAGAGAUGUAAAAUAAGGACCGAUUGAAGAUUGGAGUCCAGUGGUUUGAGCGAUGGGCCCUGAUGCCACAUCGGAAGGUGGCAUCGCAAAGACCUGGAUUCAGAACUAGCCCGGUUUGUAGGAUUGAAGGAUUCCAGCUGCUUAGGGGAACGUUUUUCUCGGCAUCCUGGAUGUUUACAGUAGAGAUGGGACGUCUCAAAGCAUUUUAGGUCAGUGUUUCUCAACCUUGGCAACUUGAAGAGGUGUGGACUUCAACUCCUAGAAUUCCCCAGCCAGCAUAGCUAUGUUGAGAAACAUUGACCUAGGUUUGCAAUAGUGGCGAUUACCUGUAGCUCAGGGGUUAGGAGGAGGACGGUGGAGGUUCAUUCCCCAAGCUUAUGGGUUGGUUUCCAGACGUUUUGUUACCAAGCUACAUAACGUCUUCAGCGGAAUUUAGGGAAUGCCCGUGUUGGCCUUCUGCUGCAGCUGCUGCUUCGUGUGGUCCCAUCACAAGACCUACUGACCGCACAAAGCCCUUAUAAAGCAGAAGAACGGCCACACAGACAUUCCCCAAAUUCGGCUGAAGAUGUUACCUAAGCCUGGGAACGAAACAUCGGGAAAGCAACCCCACAACCUCGGAGAACAAACCUCCACCCUCCCUGAUCUGGGAGUGUUGCUGGAUUUCCAACCUACAUCAUCUUAACACCUUCAUCCACGCCGGGUGGGGAUGAUGAGAAUUGGAAGCCAGCAGAACCUGGAAAGUGAGAAGUUUCCCUCCUCCCCCCCCCCAAUCCCCCCCAUCCCGACGACCGAAGGACCUGGCAAAAUUUACUUGGAGAAUUGAAAAGUGGAAGCCUAUGGACUUUUCUCCUUCAUUUGGUGGAUGCUUCAGAACCUUCCCAGGUUCUUCUGCUUUCUGGUCGGGAAUAUCCAUAAUUGGGUGCAAAUGCCUUUCUGAGGUCAUCUUUAAACAGCACCGGAAGCUUUUGUCUGAAAGAGCGGGUCCCCGUACCCCCCCCCCCCGGUCUGUUGAAAAUUGUACAAAAUGUUGUUGUUUUUUCUCCUAAAGAUUGUUCUCAAAAGAAAAGUUACUGCUGCUCCCCCCCCCCACUCCCGCCUAGUCCCCAUUUUGCUUCUUUGUUUUCUCCUUAUCACUUUGGGACCAACGAAGCAACUACUGUCCAUAAAAACCUGACGUCAUAGAAAAAAAUGUAACUCCCAGUUUUUUUUUCCUUUCCCCUCCCUCCCUCCCUCCCUCCCUCCCUUUUAAUCAAGUCUCAAAAGCAUCUUGGCAGCCCAGUGCAAACUUCUUGUGCUGGUUCUAUCUCACAAGAGCCACACAGCAGAACAGCAAUAAUAAUAAUAAAAAGAAAUGAAACCCGUAUCACACAUGCGCAUGUAAUUUUGCACUUCUAAAUAAUUGUGAAAGUUUUAAACCGAUGGCAAUUCUAGUCUUGUGUUCAAAACAGUUUUUUUUUUUAAACCUGUUACAAGGAAGCGUGGAUGUGUAAAUACAGAAUGUUCACAAAACA